AUCUUAGCUAUAAAAUUUAAACCACCUUUUUCUGAAACUUGUCGCUGUAUAGGAGAUAAUUAUAUUCAUUAUGAAAUUUAUGAAAUUAUUGAAACUAAUAAUUUUUGGGAUCAAAUUAAAGAUUUAGUUAAAAUUCUUACAUCAUAUUGCAAAAUGAGUCAAUUUCGAGCUACAGCAACUAAUAUUAGUUAUUCUACUUUCGGAAAUUGGCUAAAUUAUUAUUAUCGUGCAUGGGCAGGCCAAGAACCAAAAUGUAUUCUUCGUGAAUUUAAUAAUUUUCAUUUAAAAAAUUCUCCUUUUAAUGAUAAAACUUAUCAACAGUUUGAAGAUGAAGAUGCUUUAUCUUAUUGGUGUUAUGUCAAAAAUGCAACUAAUGAAUUAGGACUUGUGGCAUAUAGAAUUUUCGAUAUUUGUGUUAAUGCUGCUUCAGUAGAACGAUUGUGGAGCUGUAUGGAUUUUAUUCAAACAAAACGGCGAAAUCGAUUAACA